AUGGUCCGCCUCCGAGAUGGCAUGUGGCUCACGGCCGAAAACUUUCGCGUCGAGUACGCCGAAAACGUGUACGAGAUCACGCCCAGCGAGGACCAGCGCGCCCUCAGCCUACUGUGCCCGACCAAGAACAUCAAGAGCCGGGGCGACACCCUCAACCAGCCGACGGUGACGGUGGACCUGCGCGCCGAGUUCGACGGCGUCAUCUCCGUCGAGGCCACGCACUGGGCCGGCGCGCAGAACAAGGGCCCCCACUUCGACCUCUUCCCCGCGGGCAGGCCCGACGCGGCCGCGGACACCGUCGGCACGAUCACGCGCGGCCCCGCGGGCACGACGCUGGCCUCGGGCGCGCUCGCGGUGACGGUGCACCCGGACCCGCACACGUUUGACCUGCGAUUCCACAGCGCCGCGGACCCCGCGCGGCAGGUGACGAGCCUGGGCCACCGCAGCGCGGGGUUCGCGUACACGCCCGCGCCGAGCACGCCGAUGCAGACGGGCGACAUGCGGGACUUUGCGCACUACAUGUUUUUGCAGACGAACCUCGCGGUCGGCGAGUCGGUGCACGGGCUGGGCGAGCGGUUCGGGGCGUGGAAUAAAGUCGGCCAGGCCGUGACGCUGUGGAACGCGGACGGGGGCACGUCGAGCGACCAGGCGUAUAAGAACGUGCCGUUUUGGCUCAGCAGCAAGGGGUACGGCGUCUUCAUCGACACGACGGGCCGCGUGGAGAUGGAAGUCGGCAGCGAGCGGUGCUGCCGCGUGCAGACGACGGUGCGCAGCCAGCGACUGAAGAUGUACAUCAUCUACGGGCCGCGGCCCAAGGACGUGCUGGCGCGGUACGCCGUGCUCACGGGGCGGGCGAACCGCGUGCCCAGCUGGAGUUUCGGCUUGUGGCUGACGACGAGCUUCACGACCAACUACGACGAGGCGACGGUCAACUCGUUUCUCGAGGGCAUGCGGGACCGCGGCGCACCCGUCGACGUGUUCCACUACGACUGCUUCUGGAUGAAGGCGUUCGCCUGGACCGACUUCGUCUUCGACUCGGAGCGGUUCCCGGACCCGCAGGGCCAAAUCAGCCGCCUCAAGGCCAGCGGGCUCUGCAAGAAAGUAUGCGUCUGGAUCAACCCCUACAUCGCGCAGCACGGCGCCGCCUUCGCCCACGCCGCGGCCCGGGGCUACCUCCUCAAGCGCAAGAACGGCGACGUGUGGCAGUGGGACCUCUGGCAGGCGGGCAUGGGCCUCGUGGACAUCACCAACCCGGACGCCGUGGCGUGGUACGUGGGCUGCCUCAACGGCCUGUUCGACAAGGGCGUCGACGCGCUCAAGACCGAUUUCGGCGAGCGCAUCCCCACGCAAGACGUGCAGUGGUUCGACGCCGCCGUCGACCCGGACAAGAUGCACAACUGGUACUCGUUCGAGUACAACCGCAUCGUGUACGAGGCCCUGCAGGCGCGCUUCGGCCCCGAGCAGGCCGUCGUCUUCGCGCGGUCCGCCACCGCCGGCUGCCAGCGGUUUCCCCUGCAGUGGGGCGGCGACUGCGAGUCCACGCCCGAGGCCCUCGCCGAGAGCGUGCGCGGCGGCCUGUCCCUCGGCCGGUGGGUGGCCAUGGGUCUGCUGUGCAGCCACAGCCGCUUGCACGGGAGCAACUCGUACCGCGUGCCCUGGCUCGUGGACGAGGACGACGCCGGGGAGCAAGGGUGCUCGCGGACGCUGGCCAAGUGGGCGGCGCUCAAGAACCGGCUGAUGCCUUACAUCAUGGCGCAGGCCGAGGAGUCCGUCGCCGGCGGUAUCCCGCUGUCGCUGCGCGCCGUUGCCCUCGAGUUCCCCGAGGACCCGACGGCGUGGUACCUCGACCGCCAGUUCAUGCUCGGGUCCCAGCUGCUGGCGGCGCCCGUGUUCGAGGAGUCGGGCGAGGUCGACUUCUACCUGCCCCGGGGCCGCUGGACCUCGUUCUUCACCAACGAGGUGAAAUCGGGCCCGGGCUGGUUCCGGGAGAGGCACGACUUUGGCUCCCUCCCGCUGUACGUCCGCGAGAACACCGUCCUCGUCCUCGGCAAGCGCGGCGUCUCGGGCGUGGGGUACGACUACGCCGAGGAUGUCGAGGUGUGCCUGUACCAGACGCAGCCGGGAGCCAAGGCCGCCGUGGUCAGCAACGAGGGCGAGGCCCUGGGAGAGUUGGUUGUGGACGCGGAUGGUAAAGUCACGGGGACUUUGGUGUUGAAGGGCGAUUUUACAAUUUCUGAGGCGGGCCGAAGCAUUGACGGCGAUGCGCCCGUAUCGAUUGAGGUAUUGUAG